CAUCAAAGUAUGUCCAAAGGUACCAUGGGGAUGCUUCUCUAAAAUGUGUGACAAAGAAAAUUGUACGGAAAAGACGCUGAUAAAUGGUUUUACCUCUCCCCGUGUUUUAAAGGCGUCAGUUCAAGAUAUUCCGCUGUCAGAUAGCAACGACCAAUUUCUUAACUUAAAGAAAAUCGUUUUACAUAGGCCGCGGCGGUUGUGAUUGAACAUUUUCCGUAGCCUAGCUCCUGGUUUUGGAAAAUGCUCGUACUUGGUAAACGCAGCAGGUAUUAAACGAUUACCAACAUUUUCUCAUUACCAGAGAGCAAGAGUUGCUAAAUACCAUGGUGCAAGGCCCGCGGAGCAUAUUACAGAUUGAGGGGACUAAAACGUUUUGGGGGGCUAAACAUGGUAAAAAUCAAAAGCAGGUUGAAUUUUUGAGAAUAAUUGGGGAGGGGGCUAAAGAAAGUUCGGAUAGAUGUUACUCUAGAUUUAGAGAUGAGAAAUCUAGCGAGUUGUUGGUGUUUCGCGAAAUGACGGCUAGAGUGAGAUUGAGGCUGAAAAACAGGCGGGAAAUGAUCCCCUGUGUUUUGAAAAUGUCUGAUCCCAUCGAAUGCCCGGUUUGUAACGGUAAAUUUUCAGCAUCAGUGAUAAAUGAUCAUGUGGAGGCAUGUUUAGACAAAGAAGAUUGUUGUUCUGCAAAAAGCUGCAAUAAAACAGUUUCUUCAGUUAACAGAGAGGUAGACCUGGAAAAGGAAGAUCAGAAAGUCAUUCCUUCGCCAUCCGCUAAAAGUCUUUCAGGUUGCGAAGUCGGGACACUUGCAGGAAACGAUACUCUUUGUAAAUCGGUGCAUGUGAAUGAAAACAUGGAAGCUGUUCCAAAGUUGAAAUCAACAAAAGCAAAGGAGGAAAAAUGCAAGCCCAUUAAUGCCCAUCGAUCAAUUUUUGACAUAUUAGGAAAACGGAAGUACUCCGCCCUAUCAAAACAACCAAUGAAUGAAGAAGACAGAAAACGAAUCAGAUUUCCAGGAAAAAAUAGUGAAUCCGCGCGUGAAAAGCAGUUUUCUUUGCAGAACAGUAAUGGGGAGGCUUUAGUCAAGACUAAUGGUUUGGAUGAAAGGGAGGUGAAAGGUUUUUCUCCAUCAGCGAAAACUAAUUCAAAGGCUAUCGAUCUUGAAAAACCUGUACCAUUGGCUGAACAAAUGAGACCUAUAAGUUUUGAUGAUUAUGUUGGUCAAGACGAACUAAUCGGGGAAAAUUCUACCCUUAGAGCUCUUUUAUCAUCUGAAAAAGUUCCUUCUUUUAUUCUUUGGGGUCCACCUGGUUGUGGAAAGACAAGUCUUGUAAAUAUCAUUGGAAGCAGAUCAAAAACCAACCCCUUGAAGAGAUUGGUAAAACUCUCUGCCACCGCAUCAAGUCUGAGUGAUGUAAAAGAAGCUAUUAAAAUUGCCAAAAAUGAAUAUUCCAUGUUCAAGAAAGAAACAAUUCUUUUUAUUGAUGAGAUCCAUCGAUUCAACAAACUUCAACAGGACUUUUUCCUACCUUUUGUGGAGAAUGGGACAAUAACUCUUAUAGGAGCCACAACAGAAAAUCCCUCAUUUCAAGUAAACGGUGCUCUACUAAGCAGAUGCAAAGUUAUUGUGCUAAAGAAACAUAGUGUUCAGAGCUUGAUGAAGAUACUCAGACGUGCAGUGGAAGGGAUCGGGGGGAACAUUGUACAAGAGAUUCCAGAGAAAUGUUCAAGUGAAGCCUCAAGACUGUUCAUCUUGGAAAACGCAUUAGAAGCCCUUGCAAAUCUUUCUGACGGGGAUGCUAGAAGUGCAUUGAAUGGACUUGAAAUGACAAUUAAUAUGAAAAAGUCCCAUAAUGACAACAACUGCAUACAAGUUUCUGAUGUCUCUUCGAUACUGCAAAGAAACCAUAUUCUAUACGACAAAAAGGGGGAGCAGCAUUUCAACCUGAUAUCAGCCUUUCAUAAAUCAAUAAGAGGCUCUGAUGACAGUGCUGCCCUGUAUUGGUUAUCGCGAAUGCUGAUUGGUGGAGAGGAUCCGUUGUAUAUUGCAAGAAGAAUGAUACGAAUAGCGAGUGAAGAUAUUGGAAUAGCAGACAAUUCAGCUCUGUCAAAAGCUGUUUCAACGCACCAGGCGUGCCAUUUUAUUGGAAUGCCAGAAUGCGAGGUCAAUCUUGCUCACAUGGCUGUAUAUCUGGCUCGUGCACCGAAAUCAGUCGAAAUCUACAAAGCGUACAAUGCUGCAAAGAAUAGUGUGCUCACAUGGAAAGGACCCUUGCCAGGUGUACCAUUGCACCUGCGUAAUGCGCCGACGAAACUAAUGAAGGAAUUGGGAUAUGCCAAAGGCUACAAGUAUAACCCGGACUAUUCUGGAUAUGUUGAGCAGGAGUAUCUUCCUUCAGAAUUACAGGGAACAAACUUUUUUGAAACUGGAUGCUCGUAGGAUGUAAAAUAGGGCCGUUCAAAAUUGAUGAGAAGAUAUCUAAUGGAAAAAUAUAUUACAUCAGAUCGGAAAUAUUACAACAUAUAUUCUUUCAUGCUAUAAAUUUUAAGUGAUUUGCUGUAUAUGGCGAGGCUUUUCUUUGUUAACUCCGUCAAAGGUUACCCCGGGAAACCCUUUUAAGUCAGUCGAAAAUCCAUUAAAGUGCCACUGAACUACUUUCGUGAGAAUUUUGACAAUGUGUGUUUUCUAAUGAGAAUGAUCAAAUAAAAGCUGCUGAAUCGAA